AUUGAAGUUUUAUUUGACGAAUAGGAUCAUGACGUGAUUGCAAUGAAUAUUUUCUCAUUAGUUAUAUAAACAAAUCUGAGUAAAAAAAAAAAAAGUAAUUUUUGACUUACAAAAACAAAUUGUUCAACUCAUAUGUUGGCAACAAUUUAUAUCUCUUGAAAAAGGAAAAAUCAACUGCUACAUAUUUUCCUUUUUUCCAUAAUACAUUUACAUCUAAGAUUCACCACUAAUCAUUUGAACGAUGAAAAUAUUCUCAUUUUUUUCCCGAUAUUUCUGUAGAAAAUUAACUUUAUUUUUUAUAAUAGACAUUAUAAUGUUGCUGAUCAAUUAAUAAAUCGAAUAUCUGCUUCACUACAAUAUUUUCUCAACAAUAUAACAACUAAUCAAUCUAUUCUGUUCGAAAGUUGUGAAUAUCUUCAUAUUAAUUCAUUAAUUCGAGAACAAUGUCGUGAAGUCUGUACAAUUAUUAGUAAUGAUGUACAAAAUUGGCUAAAAGUUCCACGAAAAAUAAUAAUUAUCACAUGUAAUGAUAAAAUUCUUCAUAUGUAUCUGAGUGCUGAUCAAAGUCGUCCAAAUAAUGCUGAUAUUUUUCUUCUAGUACUUAACAAUACUAGUCGAUCAUUACGAAAAGAAUUUGAAACACAAACAAAUUUAUCAAAUGUAAUGAAUCAUAAAUUUCAAAGAAAAAUAAAUAAUAAUAAUCAAAACUUAUCAAAUUCAUCAAGAACUACAACUGAUAGUUUUCAAUAUUCGUCAAUAGUAGAACGAACUCAAUCAUGUCCAAAUUUUCAUUCAUCAGAACUUACAGCAUCAAAUGAAAAAUGUGAAAUUACUCAUCGAAGUGAAGUAGUAUUUCUGAGAACAUCAAAUAAAGUUAUUGCACCUUUUACAUUAUUUACAAUACCACUAACAGAUAAUAUUUCAGUACUUAUUCUUGUCGAAGUAAGUCUUUUAUAUUUGUUCAUAAAAUCACAUUGA